GUUGCGCACUGCCUGCCGAGACACGGUAGCGCCAAGCGACCCCAUGUUUCGAGUCCCUGAGCGCGUCAUCGUCGCGGAGCAUCUACCACGUCUUUGUGCCAAGUUGUGGCUUUUCGCGCUCACAACUUGUAAACUUUGCCCGUAGUCUCCUCCUCCAGAGCCACCAUGCCCCCUAGAUACAAAGUUGUCCCCCUCUGGCCCGCCGCCCGUGACGACGCGCCGGCAGCACCGUCUCACCACCGCCGAAUGCGCCGCAGCGGCCUCGCCCCGCCCGCAUCGCUGCUUUUGCAGCAACCUCGAAGAAUGUCGCGGGCUGACCGCGAGGCCAUGCGUCUCGCCGAGUUGCUAGCCUCGUCGAGCCCUCUGCCGCCCCCGCCCACGCUGAGGGACGUGGACCAGCUGGUCAAGACGCCGGGCAAGGGUUGGACACUUGCUCAGGAUACCCAGAAGGUUUGCAUGCUGACGUGAUAUACGUGUAUAGAGAAGAAGAAGAAGUCCAAGUCGAAGAAGUGCGCUGAGCGCAAAGCUCGGGUCGAGAAGAAGACCGACUCGUCGCCCCCUGCUGCCGCCCACCAGCCCCGCCGCACUUCUCGCGAGAUCGAGGAGAUGUUUGCUGCGCUGGAGCUCAUGCCCACCAGUAGCCCGCUGCCUCCGCGCCCCAGAACCCGGACAGAGGAGGAGCUGGCUGCAAGGGCUGAGGGUUGGCUCCCUUCUAGAUUAUGAGUGUUUGUGAAGUGACCUUACUGAUGUGAUAAUGUGUAGAGAUGCGGGCCGAGUAUGC